AUGUGUGAUGUUUUUCCAGCCUCAAUGGCUUUUGCUAUGCAGGCUUGCACACAAUAUCGGACUCGAAUUUUAGAUAACGGCAGUGCGCGUCGAUUGAAUGAGUUGUUUGAAGCUCAUAUUCGAGUACGUGAAAAACGGCAAGUCGUAGGAACCAUGCUAACUGGUGCGGGGAUGUAUGCUGCAUAUAAGAUUAUUGGUGAUCUUUUUCGAGGAAAAGAACAAGCAGCAAUUUACUCGUUUAUUGCUCGGAUUGAUGACCGAGAAAUUGUUGCACAAUUAAAAGAAAAAAAACAAGCACAAAAAGAAUAUAAUGAUGCUCUUCAACAAGGUCAUGGUGCAUAUUUACUCGAACAAGAUGACAAAUUUCAAGAUAAUUUUAUUAUCAAUGUUGGCGCAUUACCACCAGGUAAAGAGUGUCACAUUUCCAUUUCCUACGUCUCCGAACUUGUUUUAAUUCAAAAUGGAAGUCGAAUUCGUUUUGUCAUUCCGACGACGAUCGCACCGCGAUACAAUCCAGACAAAGGUGGUAUUAAUUCACCAGUUGGUACCACAUCCAAAUAUGUUCAGUUAGUUCCAUACACAAUUGAGCUUAACUGCCGAGUCGAGAAAGUCAAUGUCUCGCGUAUUAGUUCGACAUCUCAUCCGAUUCAGAUCGAAGUUGGCCAGGAGAAUGUCUAUAUCCUCGAACUCGCACAACGAAACACCCAUCUAGAUCGAGACAUUUUGAUAGAUAUUGAUUUAAUUAGUGAUCGUUCGAAUACAAUUGUCGCGGUAGAACCAGGUGCUGCUAUGGCUUCGUUUACACCAAUAGAAGAAGAUUGCCAACGUGCAAUGAACAAUUUGGAGACGACCAAUGAAUUUAUAUUUGUUAUCGACUGUAGUGGAUCGAUGGAAGAUGAAAACAAAAUUGGCUUGGCACGUGAAGCUUUGUUACUCUUUCUCAAGAGUCUUCCAGUAGAUUGCCAUUUUAAUAUCAUUCGAUUUGGAUCAAAACAAAAAGCAUUAUUCAAUGAGAUUACUGCUAUUUACAAUGAACAAAAUGCUAAAAAGGCUGAACAACUUAUCGAUCAGUUAGAAGCUGAUUUAGGUGGUACUAAAUUGUUAGGUCCACUUCUAUGGUUAGAAGAACAUUCUCCAAAAGAAGGUCGCGCACGACAGAUAUUUUUGUUGACCGAUGGAGAAAUUGAGAAUGCCAGUCAAGUAUUAGAUUUGUGUCGUUCAAUGGCCACUUCUACUCGAAUCUUUUCAUUUGGUUUGGGUCAUUUACCAAGUCGUGCAUUGGUCAAAGGCGUUGCUCGGGCUAAAAAUGGACGAUUUGUUUUUAUUCCGCCUAACAGUAGUGUCGACUUUUAUGUUGGUGAACAACUACAAAAAGCUUUACAAUCUUGUAUCACGAACGUCCAAGUGAAAUGGAAUCUUGGUACCAAUGUUAUGAGUGCACCUAGUAAAAUGCCCCCAGCUUAUGCUAAUGAUCGUUUGAUUGCUUAUGCGCUUGCUGAUGAUUCAAUAUUUGUUUUCGAUCAUGAUUCGCGUGUCGAAUUAUAUACCGACAAAAAUCGAUUGGGUGAAGCAAUAAUUGAUUCGAUACCGAAAGUCAGUGUCGAUGGAACGAUUGCUCGAGUCGCUGCUAAAGCACUCAUUCUUGAAUUACAACAUUGA